UAUGUAUGUAUGUAUGUAUGGUAUGCUCCAAAACUUGUAUGAAUUUCCGAAACGUGCUCACCGAUUAAAUUUAAAGGGCAUCAUUGGUCUUGUCUUUGUGUUAUGCUUUACUUGGAAACUAAGUUCCUUGCUUUCUUCAUAGUAUUUUAACAUAUUUAUUCUCUUUCCCAAUUCCAGAAGACAAGCUCAAGCUGUACAUAUAUAGUAGCGUUGUCUAUAUCUCCACUCUACAAAGAGUAAAUAAGAGAAAAUGAAAAUGAGUAGGUUAUACUGUUUUGUGCUCGUAACUUUAGGCCUUUCAGCUUUUGUACAACAAACUCAAGCUCAACUCCAACUGGGAUUUUAUUCCCAAAGCUGUCCCCAAGCUGAGAAAAUUGUCAAAGAUUUUGUACACCAGCACAUUCCUAAUGCUCCUUCUCUGUCUGCAGCCCUCAUAAGAAUGCACUUCCAUGAUUGCUUCGUCCGGGGUUGUGAUGCUUCUGUUCUUCUGAACUCAACGUCCCCAAAUUCAGGAGAAAAAGAUGCCGUCCCUAAUCAAACUCUCAGAGGUUUUGGUUUCAUUGACAGCAUAAAGAGCCUUCUAGAGGCAGCAUGCCCUGGAGUAGUUUCUUGUGCUGAUAUUAUUGCUUUGGCUGCAAGAGACGCCAUUGUAGAAAUAGGAGGCCCAUCAUGGAGUGUCCCAACCGGUAGAAGGGAUGGGAGUGUCUCAAACAGAACAGAGGCCAAUAACGAUAUCCCAGCUCCCACUGCUAACUUUACCACACUCCAGACACUUUUCUCCAAUCAGGGUCUUGAUCUGCAAGACUUGGUCUUGCUUUCAGGUGCUCACACUAUUGGAAUCUCUCACUGUACAUCAUUCUCGAGUAGACUCUACAAUUUCACUGGCGUGGGAGAUCAAGACCCGGCUUUGGACAGUGAAUAUGCAACAAAUCUCAAGGCCAACAAGUGCAAAUCUCUAAACGAUAGCACUAAGGUUGAGAUGGACCCUGGAAGCCGCAAGACAUUUGAUCUUAGCUACUACAGCCAUGUACUCAAGAGGAGAGGACUGUUCGAAUCUGACUCUGCUUUGACCACAAACAACUUCACAAAGUCUUAUAUGCAGAAACUUCUUCAAGGUUCAGAGAGUUUCUUUUCUGAGUUCGCUAAGUCCAUGGAGAAAAUGGGACGAGUUAAUGUGAAGACUGGUUCAAAUGGUGAGAUCAGGAAGAACUGUGCUGUGGUCAAUUAGAAUAUCUUUGUUUAUUGUGUAUCAUUAUUCCACCAAGUGUUUUUAUAAUUCCCUUCCAUGUGGUAAAUUAUCAUUUUUUUUUUCUUUUACUCUUUUCUUCUUUGAGAUUUGGUAAUAAUUGUUCAGAGCCUGUUAUAGUACUUGUUGAGAUCGUCAGAAUUUUAGCAGAAGUGGUUACUUGACCACUAAAUUGUUAAGUGAUAUUCAGACUCUGUAGAUCGUUGUGCUAAUAAAUUAAAUCAGUGAGUUUUGUUUAUA